AUGGCGUCUCCCAUGGAACAGGCCCUCGGGGUGCUGGUGGGCACCUUCCAGAAGUAUUCCGGCAAGGAGGGGGACAGGUACAAGCUCAGCAAGGCGGAGAUGAAGGAGCUGCUCCUCACGGAGCUGCCCAGCUUUGUCGGGGUCCAAGUGAAGGAAGGCGCCUUUGAGGAACUGCUGAACAUCCUGGAUGCUAACAGAGACGGGGAAGUUGACUUCCAGGAGUACAUUCGCUUCGUGGCGGUGGCGUGCACCUUAUGCCAUGAGUUUUUCUUGGACUCCCCUGUCGUUCUGCCACGCGGACAAUAA